UCGUGGUCGGACAUUUCGAUUAAUUGAGCUCACAAAAGACUGACUACUGUUCAGUGAUCAGAGAUGUUGGUUCCAGAGCUGCUCUUGGAGCUUAUGGAGGUCUUGGAUGACCAGGAUUUCAAUGAAUUUAAGUCCUACCUCCUUCAGAAUGUCUUGACGGGCUGUAAACCGAUGGCCAAGAGCUCAAGUCGACACGCCGCUGUGACUGAGAUGAUACAGAGCUACGGUCAAGAAAUGGCUGUGAAUGUGACUGCUGAGAUCCUGAGUAGGAUGUACCGCAACAACACUGGAGAGGAGUUAAAGAAAACAUACACAGAGGGAGCAGCAGCUGAGCAAAAUGUCCCUUGCCAACUUGUACCCUUCUCAUCUGCUUUGGGUCGUUCAGCUCGUCAAAACAUCUCUGCUGGUGAAGCAAGAGGUGCCACAGGCCACCUAAUGGCCAAGAAUGGUAAUGUGGUUAUCAAUGGAAACGCCCCGCCAUUCAUAAUGGCCAAAAAUGGUAAUGUGGUUAUCAAUGAUAGUGCUCCCAAAGUCCUAAUAGCCAAUAAUGGUAAUGCGAUUAUCAAUGAUAGCGCUCCCAUUUUUGUAAUAGUCACGAAUGGUAGCGUGAUUAUCAAUGGUAGCGCUCCCAUAGUCGUCAUUGUCAAGAAUGGUAAAGCAAUUAUCAAUGAUGCCGCUCCAUUAGUCCUAAAGAUCAAGAAUGGUGACAUGAUUACUAAUGGCAGCAUACCCAGAGUCUUAGAGAUCCGAAACGGUUAUCAGUGA